CUCCAAUAAGCAUCAAGGCACCGGGCUACCUGUCAGAGCGGUCUGUCACCGGAGGUGAUCGCUGCAGAUUUUCUGGAGACGACAAUGACUCUCGGGGACGAUCUGACAACAGCCGCAGCGAAGGGGAACACGGCAGAUGUGGAGUGUCUUCUGCAGGCAGGAGCUGAAGUUAACGGGGUGAACUGUUUUGGACAAACCGCUCUACAGGUGAUGAUGAUGGGGAGCACACCGGUGGCUAAGGUGUUGCUGAAGUACGGAGGGGACCCCAACGUGGCGGACAGGAGCACCGGGGCCACCCCGCUGCACGACGCGGCCAGGGCGGGCUUUCUGGACACUGUGCGGCUGCUGGUGGAAUACCUGGCUGACCCAGAGGCCAGGGACAAUACGAACUGUCGGCCGAUUGAUGUGGCCAGGGGAAACGGCCACGAAGGUGUGGUUGCUUUCCUGGAGUCUCUGUGAAAAAAAAAAAAAAAA